CCCGCCUCCUGUAAUUGUUUGCCAUUUGUCAUUGUGUGCGUGUGUGAAUGGGGUGGGGUGGGGUGUGGGGCUGCGUAUGUGUGCUCUAUUGUAAACAAGAAAAUUGACUGCCGUUGGUGACCUGAAAGCUUGGAAACACUCUUUCGAAUUCCCCGAAAUGCAAUGCACUGCCCUAAAUGCACUGGAGAUUCUCUAAACAGAAGGUGACCCUAAGUGAAAACCUUGUGAUAUUUCUGUUUUCUCAUUUUCAAAAGAACACUAUCAAGGAUAAAGUAUAACACGCUCUCUAAGUAUUAAACCAAUUUCUCGACGGCGAGUGCGGUGUUCAACCCAAUGGACAGACAGUUAAACGAUCCUCGAGUCCCUGGAUAGCAUUUCUCCAUACAACUGAUUUGAUAUUCGUGUGCACUGGAACUUUGAUCUCUCGCAGAUUAAACGGAUUUCUUUUUAGAUCUGAUACUGACUGCUGCGCAUUGCAUAACGUCCAACACGCAACUAGUAGCUCGGCUUGGGGAGUUUAUGGGAACCCUGGAGGAAAACCCUUUGCCAGUGUUGCAUGAUGUAAGGGAAUGCAGCAAGCAUCCUUAUUUCGAUAUGAUAACUCAUGCGAAUGAUAUAGCUGUUCUGGAGCUUGCUACAAAAGUUGUUUACACAGACAACAUCAGGCCAAUCUGCAUUGUGUGGGAUCGUUCGUGGAAACGCCAUAUGGAUAGCAUUCAAAUACUAAGUGGCCCUGUUCGGGGCAAGCCAGAGAACGACAAUGACGGUGGCAGCAGAAUCUUGGACAUCCGACGCCAGCCACCAGAAAUGUGCCACAACUAUAUGGGCACCUUCAGGGAGAAUAUAUCAAGCAGUGUGAUCUGUGCUGGGGACUCGAACAGUAAUCUAUGCAACGCGGACUUCAGCAGUCCUCUGGGCGCCAUGGUGCUUCAUAAGAAGUUACAGAGAUUCGUCCAGAUCGGCAUCGCCACAUCGAACCAGAGGUGCAACAUGCCCAGUAUCUACACGAAUGUCCUAAGCCACAUCGAGUUUAUCCUGCGAGCAUGGCGGCAUUAUAGCAAAGGUAAUAGUUCCUCGGGAGCAAGUUCACCUACAAAGUCACCGACAAAGUCACCAACAAAGUCACCAACAAAGUCACCAACAAAGUCACCAACAAAGUCACCAACAAAGUCACCAACAAAGUCACCAACAAAGUCACCAACAAAGUCACCAACAAAGUCAUAAACAAACACACCUAUGAAAUCAACGAAAA